AUGAGCGUGUCAUUAGCAGGCCCUGACGGUCGAGUUGUUGGUGGAGGUCUUGCUGGUCUUUUGGUAGCUGCUGGUCCUGUGCAGGUAGUUGUCGGCAGCUUUACACCUGGUCAUCAGAUGGAGCAGAAGCAGAAGAGGCAGAGAACUGAACCACCACUUCCUCCACCACCACCAAUGGUGACUACGCAUCCUCCGGUCACUGUUCUGACAGCCGCAGAUCUAAAGGGGGCGUAUGCUGCAAUGAAGCCAGUCAUAAGCCCUCCCUCGUCGUCAUUCCACCACGUUGAAUCAAUGAAUCCAAAUAAAAUCCACUAA